AGAACAUCAACCCGAAAGGGGAAAAAAAAUCUGCUCCUCCCCCUUUUUUGUCAUCUCUCCUCCAACGAUCGUACUCAAAAGCGAAACUUUGGGAUUCUAACAAAAAUCGCGUUUUUCUACCCCCUCCUGAGUGUGUCCCCCUCGGGCUAACCGCUAGUGUUAUUAUAUCACAACUCGUAGCUUGGGGGGACAGCGUCACGGCGACGACGUCGUUCCAGGAGGCUACAAAGAGUGACUACUUAUGUUUGGAAUCCCCCCACCACAGUGCUACCGUGCCCACCCACUCACGGAAAAAUCGCCACCGCCAACAAGCCAGCCGGCCGCAGAACAACGAAAGAAAAGUACUGCAGCUCUGCUGAUGCAUCGUGCCUAGUUCUCGGUGCCAAUUACAAAAAAAUAAUUGGCACGCUUGUGCUUGAAGACAGUGUUCAGUGUGUUUGUGCAGUUGUGAAUGCAAUGCAGCCUGUUUCCCCGUUGGUUCCUGCAGUAGCAGGGGGUGUGGAGGGGGUGGCUCAACUCCGUACUACCGCUAGGCCUAACCUCAGCCACAUGUGAAUCAUACGUGAGCACGUGUUCCAACUCGUAAUAACUGUGAUAUAGUUUACACUAAAAAAACACAUUGUUAUGCCUCCGCGUCAUGAGUUACGUUUAUGUGUUACGACCUAGUGCAGCUGAUGUUUCAGUGCUACAGUUACACUCCGGGUACAGAACACGUUGUGUUGGACGUCAAAGAAUUUACUAUCUUACCGAUGUAUUACAGUACUAGCGAAUACAAAAUAUUUAAUUUUGCGUAUUUAAAUAAAAACCAAAGUCAGUACAUAGGUUAAUAUUGCAGUGCGGACCAAAAGCGUUGAAGAACACCGUUCCCAUAACCACAGAGUGAAAACUGACUACACGUCAAUGUAACGGCAGAAUGAUGGCCAAGACGGAAGUGCUGUGGCCUGAAGGAUAGACUUAGGUGCCAGUGAGUGUAGUGGCCAACAUGAAGAAGCCAGGCGAAAACUGACAGACCGACCAGUGUGUGUGUGUGUGUGUGCGCGUGUGUAUAUGUGUGCGUCAACUUGCUUUUGAGAUCCCACGCCAAUUCACGCAUCGGGCGGUCGCGGAGGGAGUGCCCCCCCGCAACAUGGCCCAGUUUGGCUUCCGUGGAUCUCCUACAGUUCAGUUGUCGGUGUCUACCGCAGAGAGCUCCCCUCCACCCUCUUCGACGGCUGUGGUUCCCCCCGGGGGAACCCCGUGCAGCAGUACCACGGCGGUCUCCGGCAGCUGCCCGCAACCGGUGGCGGUGCGAAGUCCACUCAGUUCGGGGGGCAGUCCCCCCAGUAACGGCGCCGCCCCAGGUCCUACCCGAUGCUGUGAUACAGGGCGCCCUCUCUUCACGGACCCCCUGACAGGGCAGACCGUUUGCUCGUGCCAGUACGACUUGCUGAGUUACCAACGUCUUGCCAGCGCUGGCGUCGCAGCGGCUGGAGCUGCUGGCAUUCCGGCGCUCUCGAUGUACAGUGCACCCUACACGGACGGCAUGGCCGCGUAUUUCCCAGCUCUGGGGGCCGAUCAGGCUCCCUUCUAUACCUCAACGGCGGCAGGACUCGAGCUGAAGGAAAAUUUGGCGACGGGCGCUGCAACGUGGCCAUACCCGUCCGUCUAUCACCCUUACGACGCCGCUGCCUUCGCUGGAUAUCCAUUUAAUGGAUACGGUAUGGAUCUGAACGGUGCGAGAAGAAAGAAUGCGACGCGAGAGACGACAAGCACGCUGAAAGCGUGGCUCAACGAACACAAGAAGAACCCGUACCCCACCAAGGGCGAGAAGAUCAUGCUGGCCAUUAUCACCAAGAUGACGCUCACCCAGGUAUCCACAUGGUUUGCCAACGCCCGGCGUCGCCUCAAGAAGGAGAAUAAGAUGACUUGGGAGCCCAGGAACCGCGUCGAAGACGAGGAUAAUAAUAAUGAGGACGAUGGAAGCGCUAGCGGGCGAAAGAGCGCCGACAACGUUAAGGAUCCCGACUCCAAGGAUUCCGGCACGGGCUCUAGUGAGGACGGGGACCGGCCGGCACACCACCGACUGGAGCUCCUGGAGAGGGGUCCAUGUGGGGGCAGCGGUCCGGGGACGGGCGGCGGAGGUCUUGACACGGGCAGCGAGUGGUCCGAGUCUCGGCCCGACUCUCCCGAGUGCCUGUUCGAGCGACCACCUCACCUUCUGCACCCUGCAUACCACCCCCGGCUUCUAGGCCCCAACCCCUCGUCUGCCCCCUCGCCGCCGCCUCCAAGCGGUGCCAGCGGGUCUAACCCCAGCAAGCCCAGGAUAUGGUCACUUGCGGACAUGGCGAGCAAGGACAGUGACGUACACCACCUGGCGACGCCCGUGUCUACCUCAGCGUUCUACUCGGCGGCUGUUGCGGCGGGGAAGCUGAUCUCGCCCCUCGCAAACCGGGGACCGUUGCACCCGCACCAUCUGCACCCCUCCGUGCACCACCCUGCGGGUUCCUACUCGAGACCCACGCACCACGACUUCUACAGGAGCUUCUAUGGACCAGCCACACACCUGGCAGGGGCGGGAGGUGGAAAUGCAGGGGACGUGUCGCUGCUAGAGACAUACUCACGGACAUUUGGUGCAGGGUUGGGUACCGGGGCAAGCCCCACCGGAACUCCGGGGGCAGGAAUCACGCCACUGUCAUCCGUGCUGUCCAAGGCCGCAGUAGCGGCGGCUGCAGCAGCUGCGGUGGGGAGCGGCACGGGGGCGCCGUUCGCUCUCAAUGGAGGCGCCGGAACUCUAGGACUUGCGCCGGCGUCGUCGGGAGCGUCGUCGUCGUCGUCUUCAGGAGGGUCGGGUACUGCAGCGGAACAGCACGCCCCUUCACAGGACGUCGGGAAGCUGCAGCAAGCACCCCUAAAUAAAGCCUGACCCCAGGUGCAUCCACCCAAGUGGCCCCCACGAUGAGGUUCGGCGACAAAGUCACAGACAGUCACUGUUCGCGGUGUUCCCUAUUCGGUCCGCUCCCUGCGACAUAACCGCCCUUGGCCUUACAGAGCCAUAAAGCGGUGUCAUGACGUUAAACAGUAUUGAAGUCUGGGAUAUGGAGCCAUGUAGAAGUUUACCGACGUUUCGGAGGAAUGUACUGCCUCCAUCUUCAGGGUCACUGCCAUGAGAACCUCAGAUAUCACACAAAUUGAUCUUAGAUUUGUAACGAAGUCGGAGAUCUCUUCAAAUAUUACGCCUUUUUGCUGAUACCUGUACCUUAGUGCUAGACAGUCUUAAAUCACCCAAAUUUUCAGUACACAGAUUCAGCUGUGCCUUGCCAUACUUAGGGAUACUUUGCGCCUUAACCCUUUAAGCGCGGUAGGAACUAUACAUACCACCUUCAGUAACUUUAAAUAACAUGAUACUUUGUAGUUAAUUUUGUUUUAUUCUCACAACAAGCAGUGAUUGUUUCCAUAGAAACCAAAUAACUGACAAGUUUUUGUAAUGGAGAUGCUUGUGGUAAGAAUUUAAAAUUUAUUUAAAGAGGUCCUACUUAUAAAGUUUUAGUCGUACUUCUACUGGGUUCUUUUGUAGAAAUUACUGCACUAUGCAGAUACAUGCACCUCAGUCUGUGGAUUCUGUUAUAAUAAUUACUGAAAAAAAUGAAUAAGGCAAAUUAAAUGAUACACGAGAAAGGCCCAUGAAAUGAUACUGGAUCUCACAUAUUUGCCCUGAGAAAUAAACGGAAGGUAGCCAGUAUCGGUUACACAGAUACAAACGUCCCACCUUCAGAGCCCAUACAACUCUGUACUUUAAAGUCUUAUCAGCUGAACAGUAUUCGAAUUGUAUCUUCGCGUUGCGUGGUACCUGAACAGAUGCUGAGCUGCGAACAUUGACUGUGAAUCUGAACUGCAAUAUUUAUGUUAAAGACUGAUAAAAACAAAAUGCGUUUUCAGAAUGUCACCCGAUACUUACGCGUACGAGCCUCAUGAACUGCACGAAAUGAAGCAAAUAAAAUGACAUCACAUUUCGUAUAGAUGUGGCCACAGAACAGGAAACUGUUGAAGGGACGAAAGGAGGGCAAGUGAUUGGUGGUGACGACAGUGCUGCAAACCUAACAGGGAACGGAGUACUUGCUAUUAGUGGAAAAUUAGUGAAAGCAAACGAAGGAAUGGGCUCCUUCUGUAAUUGUUGUAGUUGUCAGUUUUAAUUAUAAGAAUCUGUGGCGGACAAUAAAUGACAUUUUGUAGGCUACAGGACCGUUGUUCGAGGUCUCCAGAAGACAAAAGGGACUGUGUUGCCAUUAUCGAAAGAUUAUUAUUGUAAUUAUUAUUAUUAUAAAAAUGGGGUUUUUAAAUAUUUUUAAAAAAAUAUCCAUUGCUCCAGAAAAUGAUUUUUAUUACAGUAUUGCUGAUUACAGAAGAUCAUCUUUGUGUGUGACACUUUCGUUUCUGAACAUUUAGACAAGUUUCAGCACAGAGCAUUGAAAAGGGGUUUUUGACAGUGAACAUCUAAAAUUGAAAGGAAGCACUUCAUUAUAUCCAUAUUGUAAUAUUAAUUUGUCGAUAAAUCGAAACACCUAUUCGCUGUAUGCGAGGGGACUCUUGAAGUAUUAUCACCAAUGAAAAAGUCCAUUCCCCGAAGUUUUCGAAACUAUAAAGCAAAUUUAUCUGCGUGUAUUACAGGGUUUUGUGUUUAACAAUGAAUUUACAUUGAAUUUCAUUUUAAUAUCGUGGGAAAAAGUGGCUCAGAUUUUCAUAAUUAAAAUAUUAACGGAGUGUGCAAAAACAUUCUUUGUUUUAUUUUCGGUUUUCAGUAAGUGAGAUUGAAAUGGCUUCGAAUCCAGAAACGUUCUUACAGAAUUCCAACUAAUAUCAGUGGUCAGCAUCCCCGUAAUGAAUUCUCAGUAACUGAACUCCCUUGGCCGCGCCAUAGCUCAAGCGGUUAGUCGCUGGCUUCCCACCGCGGCGGCCCGGGUUCGAUCCCGGGG